CAACCAUCCAAGCAAGUGCAAAUCCAUAAUCCAUGCUGCAUACAAUAUAAUUUGGAGCACGUUUUUACCGUAAAUCUUAUUAUCUAUAGAUUUCCGCGUUGUUCUUGCAAUCCAAGUUCUUAAAUAUUGAUGAAGCUCCCCUUUCGUGGUGAAUGAAUAAUCAUCCUUGUGUGGUAUUUUCGCUUUUUUCGCUCUGGCGAUUGAAAUACUCGUGCAGCAGAUGGAAUGACCAGUAAACCUGAAUUAAACCUGAAAAAAUAUAUAGGAUCUGGGGCGUAUGGAAAGGUCUACGAAGCCGAAGUAAAGUGGGAACAAAACGACCAUGCAGAAGGCACAUACGCAGUAAAGGAAAUAGAGCUGGAUGAUGGCUCACAGAAAAAAGACAUUCAUACCGGGAUUUCUAUAUUACUCAUUUUGCAACAUCCCAAUCUGAUCCGUUAUCAUUGUCACUGCUUUCUUGAAGCGACCGAACUGCACAAAGAAAAAUUUCGACUUGUGAUGGAAUUUUGUCCCGGUGAAAAUUUAAGGAAUUAUCUCGAGCGGAACGAUGCGUGUUACAUGCUAAUGCUGCAGUACACUAAUCAACUCUGUCAUGCCGUGAAUUAUCUACAUACACAACGGAUUAUUCAUACUGAUAUCAAGUCCGAGAAUAUUUUUCUCACUGAUAUACAUGUAUCGGGACUGUUCCGAACUGUGAAGCUUGGUGAUUUAGAUGACCCUGUUUACAAGAAAGAGGAUGAAACAUCUGUCAAUGAUAUGAGGUCUCACAGAGGCACACAUUGGUACUGGUCGCCUGAGAUGGCGCGGAAGGCAUUCGAUCCAAAAAUCAAAGUCGGCUCCGCCACGGAUUGGUGGAGCGUGGGGUGCGUGUUGUACGAAAUGGCAUUUGGAUUCGAAUCCUUCCUCUAUAAAAAUACAUCGAUGAAUGAAGAACUAUGUCGGAAAAAGGAAAUUGCGACGGUGCCAAGGUUUGUAAAUUUUAUCAAUAAUGGUGGUCGAUUGGACAUUCCCAGCUGCUGUAAUCACAUCAAACGAGCUCUAGACCGGUGUUUUCUGGAGGAUCCAACGGCACACUCCGCUGCAGUCGAGGGUAAAUUACUUUUCGGAGGUGCCAAAGACCUUCAAGAUAUUCUCUUCACUGCUGCGACGCCAGCGUUGAACGGAUGCACGAAACACCAAGCAUUUCUGGAAGGCUACAAAAAACUACUCGAGCAUGUUGAAGUCGAUAAUAAAAGGAAAUUACUAAGUGUAAAGCACUUUGCUGCCGACAUUCCCAUAAACAGUCCUCCUAAGGAAGGAGAAGUAACAGACCAAGGAGUUUCGGUAGUGAAGUUUAAAGACGCUUUAUCUACUGUAAUGGUCUGGAGCGGAAAGUUGUGGAAAUUGUCAAAGUUUAUGCCAACGCACAGCCAAUUGUCAGUACCGAAAUUUUGCCAAAUAUUGACAACCGAUUAAAUGCCUUCGUCAAACACCUGAAAUGCAGGCACGUCUACGAUACUGUACCGGUUGAAAUCGAGUGCAACUGCAACGUCGAUCAUGUACCGCGCCAACACACUCCGGAUUCACUACGCUUUCUAGGUGCAAUAGCGGAUGUGAUUAUGCAUGUGGAGAUCUCCGGGCCUCACGGAUGCUCCCUGUUACAACUGCAACAUGUCUUUCUGCCGAAUUUAAUCUGCCUUAAUAUUGUUGAUACACCGAGCGUUGCCGUUGAAGCAGAUUCCCUACAAAAGUUUCCGAAACUGAAGAUAUUCACGUUUACCGAUUGCGCUUUUAAUGGGCUUUAUAACAAUUUUCUAACUAAAAUGAAAUGGCUGGAAUUUUUUGGACUUAGCUGUUCCGGGUCCAAGUGCAGACAGUGGGAGAGUGAUCGCACUGGUCGCGAUCACCAUUACGAUUGGUUGGAACAAUUUCUUUGCGAUUACAGUGACUUAUUGGAUCCAAGGUUUGUCUAUACGCAUGUGGAGAAUAGUUUCUACAGACGAACGGACUGUUCCGGUUUUCCAUGGGAUAACCACGGUAUUGAUGACGUUUUGCACGCACUAAAAUGUAAGACGUGCGCCGCGGAAAUCGGUACGCCUGCGCAACAGGCAAGGAGACGGCAGCGUAUGCAAUCCGAUUUAAGGAAGCGGCCACUAUUGCGGCUCGCCAUCUCCGCUGAUAUGCGAACAAACUGAUUAUCAGAACAUCCGUAGCUUUGGAAAACAAUUUUUGUGUGCGUUUAUCCAGCACGGUCAAUUCGCUUGAUAAAGAUUGUAAUGGCCGAAGUUAUAUCUUUCGGAAUCUGGCUUUUCUAAAUUGUGACAAUAAAACGGUUCCGAUUUUCAGAAAUACGGCAAAGUUCUUG